AUGCAUAUUCUGGUCACCAACGACGACGGCCCUCCGUCGAAUCAGUCGUCGCCCUACGUUCACUCGCUCGUCCAUUCGCUCCAGUCUGCUGGACAUACCGUUUCGGUUGUUCUCCCACACCAACAGCGAUCAUGGAUUGGUAAAGCGCAUAUGGUCGGGGCCUCUGUGAAACCAACCUACUUUCGACCAGGCACCCUGCACCAGGAAGAUGGAACUAUACACCACCUACCGCUGGGUAGCAAUGGCGAGCCCAACGACGGUGGUGACGAAUGGAUCUUAAUCGAUUCGACCCCAGCAAGUUGCGUUCAGAUCGGUCUCUUCCACUAUUUCAAGGAUCGAGGUCCGAUCGAUGUCGUUGUUUCAGGUCCAAACUACGGCCGUAAUAGCACUGCAUUGUUCGCUUUAUCCAGUGGAACCAUUGGCGGUGCUAUGGAAGGUGCUGUCUGUGGGAAGCCCUCAAUCGCCUUGUCAUACGCUUUCAGCUCUCGGAACCAUGAUCCUGUUAUCAUUGCAGAGGCUUCCGAGCACUCUGUUAAGCUGAUUGAGUACCUCUGCGCCAACUGGGCGGAUGGUGUGGAUCUCUAUAGCGUCAAUGUUCCUCUGGAACCUGGCGUUAGCAAGAACAAGAUUCUCUAUACCGACAUGCUGCUGAAUAAGUGGAAGUCUGGUAGCUGUUUCGAGGCAGCUGAUCCUGCUACCAGUGACGACCCGGAGCUAGAGGAACAGCGCAUUCGCAUGCAGAGCGAGCUGGAGGGACAGAAUGUUGGUGCUAAUGCCACUAAUGGAAAUGAGUCUGGUCCCUCACGAUUCCAGCAUAAGCACUUUAAGUGGGCGCCAAAUCUACAGGAUGUUUACCGCAGUGUUGAGGAAAGCGCACCCGGAAAUGACGGCUGGGCCGUCAAAGAACAAAUGACUAGUGUUACACCCUUGAAGGCUUGUUUCAUGCAUUCGCCCGGCAUCACGGGUGAGAUUACGCUAUCAGAUAAUCAGUCUACGGUGAGCCAACCCCAGUUGUACUCCAUCAUCGACUGUGACGUGCCCUAUGUUGGUGAACUCGUGGAAAAGGCACUAGCCCGUCGUCUGGGAGAUGCUGCUCGUUCCCAACGCAUCUCAUCCAUUUGCGAGCUCCCCGAAUCUUCGGCGCCAGUGUUUCAGUAUCGCGAAUACGAGCGCCUCGACUUUGAGCAUAUGCUCUCAAGAUCAUCCACCUCCCUUGGAAACGCAUACAUUAUCCGAAAGGCUCUGAUCCGCAAACACUAUCUCUCAAAUACUGUUGCCAACUGGAUUUCCAAGCACCCGGAUAGUGUUUUAAAGAACCACUUCAAGCCCGCUUUUGAUUUCGAGUUAGACUAUGCCGAGUUCCUCGACGAAGCUCUUCUGGAGGCUUACGAACUCAACGAGAGCCUAGCAAAGAACGAAGAGCUUCCUGAAUCCGAAAAGGAAUGGUGGAUUCUUAAGCCUGGCAUGAGUGAUCGAGGCCAAGGAAUCCGUCUAUUCAACAGCGAAGCGCAACUUCAAGAGAUUUUUGAAGAGUGGGAAGAGGACUCAGACGAUGAGCAGAGCGGUUCUGAGAAAGAGGAUGAUGAAGACGCACCUCAUGAUAAUGGCGUCGUCACAUCCCAACUCCGUCAUUUCAUUGCCCAGCCCUACAUCGACCCACCACUUCUCCUACCCUCUUCUUCAAACCGGAAAUUCCACAUCCGUACCUAUGUCCUCGCUACCGGUUCAUUGAAGGUCUACGUUUUCAAGGAGAUGCUGGCCCUCUUUGCUGCAAAGGCCUACUGUGCACCUCAUGAAGGAGAGGACGAAGUCCAAGACUUGGCUCGCCAUCUCACGAAUACCUGUUUCCAAGAAGGCGGCAGUUCCAAUGAGGGUAGCGUUCGCCGAUUCUGGGAUCUAGAUCAUCAUGUUCCCGGUCUAGCACCAGAGUGGAAAGGGCAGAUUUUCGACCAGAUCUGUGCUGUCACAGGUGAGGUAUUCGAAGCUGCUGCUCGAGGCAUGAUGGUUCAUUUCCAGACUUUACCAAAUGCUUUUGAGCUCUUUGGUGUUGAUUUCUUGGUUGACAGUACUGGAUGUGCCUGGCUAUUGGAGAUGAAUGCGUUCCCUGAUUUCGCGCAGACUGGUGAGGAUCUUAAGGAAGUUGUUGUUGGUCGAUUGUUUGAAGAGACGAUUGAUGUGGCUGUGAAGCCGUUCUUUGGACUUGGUGAGUAUGAGGGAGAAGAUAUGAAGUUGGUGGCGGAUUUGGAUUUGGGAAGAAAAGCAUAA